AUGACGCGCAACGCUCGUUCAAUGGAAUCCAUUCUAGCUACAACACAAUCUACUUCAAACGACGCUAGUGCACAUUCAGCUACUGUAAUAUCAAGUAUUACAGACACAACAACUUCUAAUCUACCUGAAUCUCCUGCGAAACGUCACACUACUGCAAAUCCGCCAACUGUCGCAACAUCGUUGAUAUUCACUAAAAGGCUGCAAACUAGUAUCCGAGUGGUUCCUACUGCAGUUGAUAUGGCUCCUACGCCAUAUCCAACAACAAGCGUUACUCCAACCACAACUACAAGCAGUGAGCCGCUGCUUGCAAGCAUGCAGGCAACACCCACGCAUGCAACUGCGGCAAGAACCUCAUCCACGUUUGCGACGGAGGAAACCAUUAGCAAGACUACGUAUACUGCUCAAUAUCCGUCCACGUUACUGGUGACACGCAAUCUGAGUAGCACAAUGGUGUUUCGUACAUCAGCAACACCAUUAGUGAGUGCAACUUCUCAGAACGCUACUUCCGGAUCCGCCCCACCAAGUGUCGUCUCAUUAUACAAGUCGUCUACGAGGAGAAUUAAGAGCUCGACUUCUGGUAUAGUAGUGGUAAACACUGCCCCUGUAGUGCCUACAAUGAAUGCGAGUCCUUCAACCAAUCAAACGCCAGCUUUUCAGGGAAGUAGCUAUAGAUCAGAAGUGGCCACGUCUUCUACUUUGGAUGUACGCGAAAUACCGAGUUCCUUGACUACAGUCACUGAUACUUUAAGACAUCAGCAAACUUUGUCUGGUACAACUGCAAGACAUCUUGAUACUGCUCUAGCCAGCACUACAAGAGCAACAAUAACAGCAACUACUCAACAGCCUAUACUGGUCUCUCCAACACGUGUAAUACACUCUGAGUCGGUUCCAUUACUAACUACUCAUACACCUUCUGCUAGUCCUACAGUGAGACAGAGAGGUGGAGGUAGCACGAACCUUAUUCCAGUCAUUGCUGGAGCUGGAGUUGGCAUUGUCAUUAUUAUGAUUGUUAUUGCCAUUUUGUUGUGCAAAAGAUAUUUUGGUUCAAAGUCUGACAAAGAAACCAGUACUCUCCUUAAAGUGUUUCGAUCUAUUGAUACAGAUGAACGCGGCAGAGGAGUAACAAAUAUUGCAAUGGUGGAGUUUGGUGAUGGUGUAGCUGAUGAUCCCGAUGAGUACACUGUUGUGUACCAGUUUGAAGGUACAAAUGACGACGAGGUUGACUUUGAACCUCAGGACACAGUACAGGUUUUAGAGAAGAACGACUCUGGUUGGUGGCGUGGUACUGUUUCAAAAAAUGGACGUACUGGUUGGUUUCCUGCAGAAUAUGUAGAAAAGAAGAAAAGCAGCUUUCAACGACGAAACACAGUUACAAUUGUGGCAACACCAAGAGAUGCUACUACACUUGCAGCUGCAGAGCAGAGGCAACAAGCAGGCUUGGAAGAGACAAUUACAUGUCAACUUGAAACUUUCCCAACGGCAGUAAAAGCAAAACUUACCGCUGGACCACAGUCUCUAUCAUUGGUGGGUGAAGCUAUGGUAAAUAGUAAUAAUCUUAACCCGUUUUCUUCUGCAAUGGAACAUUCGUCGAGUGUUGCCAAGUGUCAGCAAACUACACCAUCUCAGAUAACUACCAACAAUGAACAGAGCAAAACGUCAGUUGAACCGGAACCAUUGAAAGCAACCACAGAAAGUCUCGUCAUAGCUGCUUUGGACCGACGUUUGGUUGGAGAAUCAAGUAGCAAAACGGAAGUCUUGCAACCUAGCAGCAUAGCAGCAACAACUGAUACGCCUGAGACAGUUAAUACAGGCAAUACGUCAACAGUCAGUACGCAUGAAGCCCUAUAUGACUACAAAGCUUUAAGAGAAGACGAAUUGUCUUUAGGUUUUGGUGAUUGUAUUACCGUUCUUGAACAGGGAGAUGAUGGCUGGUGGCGGGGAACUAACAGUGGUGGUCAAACUGGAUGGUUUCCAUACAACUACGUUAGUGUUGUUGAACCUAUCGGACAGUCGAACCAGACUGGGUUGGAACUAUCUUUGGAUACAUCAGAAAGUGGAGUUAGCUCGAUGGCUGAGGAAGAGGAGGGAACAGAAUAUCGAGCAAUCUAUCCAUAUAUCGCUCAAAGGGAUGAUGAAGUCUCCUUGAAUGAAGGUGAAGUUGUGCUAGUAUUUGAGACAGCAGACAGUGGCUGGUGGCGUGGGAGUGUCGGUCAUAGCGAUGGUUGGUUUCCCGGCAACUACGUGGAGCCGAUCAUUACUGAGGACAUAGCAGAGGGUGACAUGUCUAGCUCGAGACCACCGUCUAUGGUUUUGGAUUGGGUGAAAGUUUCUGAUGAGAAACAUCUUUCUAACAUUUCAAACGAACAGGAGAAGCGUCCUCCUGAUGAACGUAAACGUGAGCCGACGGUAGGGUUUCUAGCGGAAUUAGCUGGCAGCCUACAAAUGGUAUCAAAGAAAGAAGAAGAAGAGGUAGAACGUAAAGAACCAAAUGAUAUUGUUACUGAAAUUUCUAGUUUAUCAAACAAACAAUCUACAAUAGCAAGUCAGAAGAAGGAACGGCCACCUAUACUGAAAGAAAAGCCUAGGCCACGUUCAGAAAAGCCACUUUCAACUGUCAAACAAGCUCAGCAGGCAGAGAUGGUCGUACCACCCUUCACAGCUCUGGAUACUGUUCAACUAAAACAACCAAGUGCAGAUCUUAACAGUAAAAACCUAACUAACGUCGUACCCAGCCACGUAACGACGACGGAAGACUCUCUACGUUCUACCGCUGAUGCAGCCAAUUCUGCAUUUAUUCUGGAUGACCCAACUCCAGUUACAGUCCAACCUACUGAGAGUGUUUUGUCGCAAAUCGGAAGCAAUAAGAGUUCUGUACAGAACGCAUUGCCGUCUCGGCCGUUUCUGCCCAAGCGGACCGUCAAAUCAAAGUUAGUUAAGCUACCGCAAGGAGGAGCCGUCAAAAAGAGAACCCAAGCGGUUACAGUGCGACCGCCACCACCAAACCGUGCUCUUCCUCCUCCUCCUCCUGCACGUGAACUAUCGCCUUCUCCUCAGAUCAAUCAGCAACAAGUAGCGGCAGCAAAGGAAACGAUCGGAAUGAGAAAGAAACAGCCGCCGUUGCCACCAGUCUUCGCAAAAAGAAGAAAACCUCCAUCGGGAGAGAAACCUCGUCUUCCUACUCGCUGGAGACCGUCACCAUCAAACGGCGCCCUGGAGAACAAGCAGAAGUCACCCCGACCUCCACAGCCUGCUGCGGAAGUAGAUGUGGCUAAACCUGCCAAUUCGCCCUCUGAAACGGUUCAGUCCGUUUCGUCUAUAGGCAUGUCAUCUAAGCUGGACCGUGUCGACGAAGAGGUUCCACGUGACAAGAGUGAUAAAGUAAAAGUGUCAGUUAACAAGCCUGCAUUACAUAGCGAGACGGUGCCUCGAGACCGUAAACCUUUACCUGCAUCACGAGCCUCCGAAGAAGAAAAGCUCUCUCUUAGUCCGCUAGUGGCUUCUCCAGAUCUCAAGCCUGUUGCCAGUCAAAAGCCUUCGGUGUCUCCAAAGCCAGGCAAACCUCCAUUAGCAAGCAAACCUGUUAUUGCUGAGAAACCGAAUGUCGUCAGUAAGCUACAAGAUUCCACGCAUUCGCUAAGUGAAGCUACAAAAGCUGUUAUGGGCAAUAGAGCAAGUGGUAGUGUCAUUACACAGGCGGCAACUACAAGAGCUAAAGUUUUACAGAAAGAAGAGAAAGAGGAAGAGUCGUCAACACUCAAGUUACGUCCUCCUCCUCCGUCUGCUACUGUGCCGCCGCCACCGUCGAGUUCUAAUGUGCCGUCUUUGCAGGAAAACGCAGAGAUGGAAUCACAACCAGACAAACACGUUCGUCCUGAUAAGAGAAAGAGGAUCAAACCAGUCAAACCUUCUGAUCCAUCCAAGAACGAGAAUGUCGCAAAUAGUAAAGUUAUUAUGCCCGCGAAGGAGAGCAAGACGCCAAUCAACCAUAAGCCAGAAACUACUCCGGAUACCGACAUUUCACGUUCUUUGUUGAAGAAAAAUGUACAGCCAACAGUCUUGUUUGUUGCAUCUGGACAAGAUGCGACAGCAGGGAUGCUCAAGCCGUUGCCAAAGACGAACAAAGCGGACAAGACGGAGAGACGUAUAAACCACGAGGAGAUUCCUAGUCGUUCGAGUGCGAAGUCUGUCCUCGACGACAAACCCAAGACGGCACCUCCGAGACCUAAACGUCCUUCGACCCAACCGAUGACGUCUCCUUCAGAAGUGGUAGGGAAUCAAAAUGGGGGCUUGUCCAAACCGAAGCAAGAGAAACGGACAGAUGCUGUCCGACCACAGCCUGCUCCUCGACGUAAGGAGGCUAUGGAUGAUGCGACAGUGCAUCCAAAACCGCAACCUCGGCCUCGUCCGAAGUCCAGAGACGUGGAAGAAAUAGCACCUGUAGUCCCUACUCAGAAAGUAAAACCAGCUCGUCCUAUGAAAGGACCUGUCAUCGAUUCGUCUAAUAAGAACGUGGCGGCAACACGGACACCACCUCCUUCCAGACCCCCUCCACCUACUCAAUCCGCUGUUGAGAAGAAUUCGGCCAAACCUGCAAAAAAAGCGACUCCGUCUGAUGGUAGUGGUCUGGCUGUAUCAGCCGACAAGAUGAAGCCAGCUAGACCUUCAGCUCCACCAUCACAAUCAGACUUGAAGCGGAAGCCUGCUCGUCCCCCUCCUCCCAAAUCUGAUGAAAAAUCGAAAGUAAAGUCUAAUCGCCCUCAACCGCAGAAACGAGCUACGUCGAAUCCUCUUCGAAAAGCUAUUGCAACUUACCAUGCACAGAGACUAGAUGAAUUGACCUUCAACGAAGGAGACUUGAUAGUGGAGGUAAAAUCGGUUGAUGAGCACGGAUGGUGCAAAGGUAAGGUGAUAACUAGUGGCAAGGAAGGCAUGUAUCCGGGAAAUUUUGUCGAGCCUGCAUGAACUCUUACAAGCGUGAUCCUGUGCUUCCGCUGAAAAACAGAUAAAUAUUACUGAAUUUCAUUGUUACUGCUGGUCGUUUCUUCAGGUGGACUACCGCAUGCUGGCGUGCUGUGAAAGCAGACUAGCUUUAGCUUACCGAUACGUACGUUGUCGUCAACAUUUUUUCAUUGACUUUCAUUUGUAUGUACUUUAUAAUAUAAUGCGGACAUUAGUGUACUGUCACGAGUAGAGAUAUCUAACGAAAAGAGUUCUUUAUUUUACCCAUCAAAGAACAAAAUUGGCUACAGUAUAGUAUA